CCUGUCUCUGUCCGAAUUUAGCGCGUCACCAGAAUCAUGUGACUGCACUGCAUAAGACGCAUCGUACGUCUGCGUGCUGACGUUAUUACGUUGAACUCGGCUGGGCGGGACGUGGGAAGUUAUAAACAAAAAUGGAAGAAGUUAGUAAAGACUCAAACACUGAAAAGUCAUGGCUUUUAGUCAUCUGGCAGAUCUGCAACGUCUUUAUGUCGGUAUUCUUUGCUCUUGCGACCUACGUGCAGAUCAAUGACCCUGACGCAGGACUCUGGAUGGUUGGUUAUAGUAUCCCUGCUCUCCUCUGUGUAUGUCUUGGCUUUAAACCCCAAGUGACAGAGUCUUUGCUAUGGAGGCGUGUUGCGGAUCUUCAUGUAAUGAUUUCCACUGCUGUUAUUUCCAUGUUGGGAUGGAUUCUUUACAAAGAGCAGAUCACAGAUAUCUUCCAGCAGGAGGAAGGCCGAGAGUUUUCUGGCCUCUUGUUGACAGUCCUUUGGCUUCUCUUAUGUCGCCACUCCGGAAGAGCACCUGUUGGGAUACUCAGAGUCUCCACUGCCUUUGCCAUUACAGUCUUUCCCUUUGUGGCAUGGCUUUAUUACUACGUCAACAAGGAGCUCAGAUCAAACUGGCCGUCGCACUGUAAAACUGCUCUAUAGUCAACAACAGCUCGUCAGACAUUCCUCAUGUGUAUUUAAAUGGAAAAUCCUAACCAUCAGUGCUGCUGAAGUAUCGUUAACCCUCAGAAAUCUAAACCACAUUUUACAGAAGGGAAUCCGCAAUCAUUCUCUCAAAAUGAUUUAGCAUUUUUGCAUCAAAUUGCACCUAAACCUUUUGCUAUUUUGUCUGUUUUCCAUCUGUCUACUCCAUUUGUCAUCAUUCCGUGUCAGCCUCAUGGCAAAUAAGUUUCCUAUAUGUUGUCGACUGAUUCAUAGUGACAUUGUGUAAAAGGCAAAGUCAAUAACCAUGUUUACAUACUUGCUAGCAUUCUAUUUUGUGCCUUUGUUUUGACCAGUAAUAAUGUGCUGUUUACAUUGUUAGUGAAAGUGAAAACUCCACUGAUAUUCCUAUUUACACGCAGCCAUGCACACCCUGACUGAAAACAGUAUUCCUUCACAGUUUUCCACUGGUGGCAGAUGUUCUACUAUGUGAACUCAGCCUCCCUCUAUCAUGAAUUGAAACGUGUUGAAAAGGUCAGUUAUUUGAUAUUUGCUCAUAUCUAAAACCUGAGGAAAUACAUUGUUGUAAUGUUUAACAGCUGCUUUGUUUCUUCUCCUGAUCAUAAAUAUGGACUUUUCUUUGGAGCAUCUAUCUGUAGCAGAAAGGAUCUUACAGAAAAAAAGAUCUAAUAUCAGUGUAUCAGAAAAUGCUCCAUUGAAAUGAAGCUAACAUCAGUGAAAUGUGACACUUUUUGAUGCUGUGCUAAUCUCUUUUAUCACUCAUCAUCAUUUGAAUCUGAAAUUCCAUCUGGUUCAUUUGAAGUUUCAGUUUUACAUUUGCUUUGUUUGAGGACUGACUCAGUGUUUUUUUUUGUUUUUUGUUCCCUCUGAACUCUGAUUGAGCCUCCACUUUUGUUCUCUGAUGUAUUAUACUUGCAAAUGAAUCUUUCUUGCCUCCAAUCUUUUGGAAGUGAGUUACAGCCAUUCAUUAACAUAUUUUUGGAGUAGUUUUUCAAAGAAAUGCCACUACAUUCCUAUAUUUAAUUUAAUGACCAUAUAUUUGUGUUUAAAAAAUGUUCAGAGCAGAUGGAAAGAUUAUUAUACCUGAACAUACAACACUCAAGGAAAUAUGUUAAUCAUCUCAGAGGGGAAAAAAACUACACAGCUUUACUCUUUGAAUGAUUGUGAUGGUCUAGAGACAUGCACUGCAGAGCCCGUGAAAUUAGACAUAUGUGUUUCUGUUGAAAAGCUGAUUUUGUCAAUCUUUUUUUUUUUUUUUUACUAUAAAAUGUUUGCCAUCAAAUGCUGACCUUACAUUCCAUUGGUAUUACAAGUCUUUCCUUGUGACUUUGGACUGAAAGGCACAAAUCAAUCAUGUUAUCGAUAAUAUAUUAAUGUUUAUAAUAAUCUUUUUCCCUUUCAAAUCAAGUGCAAUAUGUAAAUAAUCUGAUGACAAUAAAAUCAAAUA